ACGGGCUUGUAAUUUUGAAGUUUUUAUAACUUGUAAUCGACUAUGAAGGUUCUGAUAACCGGUGAUUCCAUGAUUAAAUAUAUGUACCAAUAUUUACCGUCUCAGCUGUAUGAUAAUAAACUGCAUGCUCUCGCGUUUCCGGGCAUAACAAUAGAAAGGUUGACCAAAAAAAUUUCAUCCUUUAAUGAAUACGAUUGUAUCCUUUUUCAUGUAGGGACCAAUAAUAUGGAUUCUACUGUGGAUGACAGUGUCUUAAAAUAUAAAAGUUUAAUUCGGGAAGUGAGUAGAGUGAAUCCGUAUGCGCGGGUAGUCAUAUCAGGAAUUUUGCCCAGAGUGGAUUCGAAGUAUUUAACUUAUAAUGAGAGAGACGAAUUGCGACCUCGACUGCGCUCUGUCAACAACAAGAGUUCUCAGUUUGAUGAAAAAAUGAUUGAUCUCUGUGAAGAGCUGGAUAAUGUAACCUUCUGCAUGUCAUCUCGUGACUGGAGUGGAUGCAUGGCUCUGGAUGGGCUGCAUUUGAAUGCAGCAGGAACACGGCAGUUAGCUACACUGUUUGUUCAAGUUUUGACGCAACUUUUAACUGAGAGUUCCAAAAGUACCAGUAAAAUAGAGCUUCGAAGUUCAUUGGAUUUUCCUCCUCUCUGUGAUGGCGGCAGCGAUAUUUUAACAUCUUCAGCCUCUCCUCUGUAUUCUGAAGUUGUUGCUGAAUCAGCUCUGUCGAGGAAACUGCCAUCACAGUUGAAUGUGAAAGCUCCUUCAGAAACUGAACAGCAACUUCAAACAAGAGAAUUUCAACAGUGUUCAUCUGCUGCUGUUACUCAAAAGAACCUAAAGGAAAAUUCUGAAUUGUCUUCUUUCUUGAGGAAAUCUGCUCAUCCAGAUCCUAAUGGUUGGAUUCAUGUAGGGCGAAAACGUUUCACUCAAAAUAUAGAACAGUGUUGUCAGUUGAGGUGAGAUAUUGUUUCUAACUUUCCAAGGACAAUAAAUUAGAGCUUUUAUCAAGUAACCAAACACAUUUUCAGAAAAAGGGACUGAAAAAUGUUGUUAGAGCUGGCAUAUGGGAAUCCAUUUUAAUGGAUUGAUCCCAGCUGAAUAUUGGGCAGCUCAGUUCAAUAUUCAGUUUUCUGCUGAUGACCCACUUAGGUCAAAGUAAGAAAUAUAUAUAUAUCUUAAUGUAAUGCAAUCAUUAUACAGGGUGUGAAUCAAAAGUUUAAAGACUUACCUUGAAAUAGAAAUUUAUUGGACAUUUAAAUACAGCGGACUAAAAUUCUUCAAAAUAUAAUACUUCAGCAUCAACACAGCGUGCCUUCCACUGUUCGUAGCCCUUCUGGAAGGCCUCGAGUGUCAUGCUGUCAAGGGCUCUCGUCGAAGCCUGUUGGAUGGGGUCGAAUCGCUUUCCUUUUAGGACUGUCUUGAUUCGGGAAAAGAGGAAAAAGUCACUUGGAGCCAAGUCGGGACUGUAGGGUGGCUGCGUCAGUGUUAUCACAUUGAACUUGACUCAAACGUCGGCGGGUGCAUUGUCGUGGUGCAGAAUCCAGACGCCGGGCGGACUCGAUCCCUCAAGCGGCGGAGCACUCCAACAUAAAAGUCACCUGUGACAGUCUGUCCACAAGCAACAAACCCUUGUGAAUCACUCCUUGACAAUUAAAAAAGCAAUCAGCAUGCACUUCACACGCGACUUGCUCAUGCGAGCUUUCUUGGGCUUCGGAGAGGAAGCAGUGUGUUAUUUUGAGCUUUGAUACUUCGACUCAGGAUCGUACUCGUAGACCCAGGUCUCAUCACCAGUCACCUUUUUCUCCAGAAGGUUCAGAUCAACAUUCAACCGUUGGAGCAUUUCCUGGCAAACAGUCAUGCAUAAUUUUGCAUAACAUCUGUAUAUACGCACAGAAUAAACGACUUCUUUUCCAAAAGGAAUUUUUUCA